AUGCAAGGCUUCAACAUGGGGCGGUACGUGCCGCCGGAGGUGGAAGGGACGCUGAGCGCGAACCAGGCGGCGGGCAAGCGGCACGCGCUGGGGGCGCGGGCCUCGAAGCUGCGCAGCGAGGGCGCGCUGACGGUGCGGUUCGAGAUGCCGUUCGCGGUGUGGUGCGGGACGUGCGCGGCUGCUGCGCCUGCGGCGGCGCCGGUGCUGAUCGGGCAGGGGGUGCGGUUCAACGCGGAGAAGCGGCGCGUGGGCAACUACUACAGCACGCCCGUGUACAGCUUCCGCAUGCGCCACCCGGCGUGCGGCGGGUGGAUCGAGGUGCGCACCGACCCCCGGAACACGGCGUACGUGGUCGUCAGCGGCGGCAAGAGGCGGGACACGGGCGAGGGGAAGGAGGGGGCGGGGGAUGACUCGCUUGUCGCCAGCGGGGUGGUGGCGCCGAUCAAGACGCUGCAGGAGCAGGCUGAGGAGCGCGAGGUGGCGUUCUCGAACCUGGAGAAGACGAUCGAGGACCGGGCCGCGCUUGCCGCUGCGCGGGAGCGGAUCGACGAGAUCGAGGACGCCAAUGCGAAGCAGUGGGACGACCCGUACACGAGGAACCAGAUGCUGCGGAAGACGUUCCGCGUGGGGAGGAAAUCGCGGGAGAAGGACGCCGCGGCUGCUGAGGACCUCAAGGACAGGAUGAGUCUGGGGAUCGACCUGUUGCCCGAGAGCGAGGAGGAUGCGCGGUGGGCCAGGCUGGUCGAUUUCGGGACGGCACCCGGGGGGCUGGGUGAGGACAGAGAUAAGGUCCUUGCGAAACCACUGUUUGGCGGGAAGAAGCCCGCGGCGCAGGAGAAGCGGACGGGAGACAGCAAGCCUGCCACGAAGAAGCUGCUCAAGUCGGAGAUUGCGGCAACGAAGAUGAGGGAGUCUCUGGUCUCUGAGAUCGUCGGCAACACUCGGAUGGCCAGCGAUCCUUUCCUCGAACCGCGGAGUAGAGACUCGUCAAAAACUACGGCUUCCUUACUACCUGGACUCAAGCGGAAGAGGCCACCAGAAACUGAACCCAGCCCACCGCCAGAAGGCAAGCCAGUUGAGAAGGCAGCGGCAGUGUCUUCAGCUCUGGUGGAUUACGACUCGGACUGA